ACAAGAUAACAAUUAGCAGCUGAUAACGGGCCGCGCGGUGACGCGCUCGCUCGCCGGCCGCCGGGCGCGUGCGCGGCGCGUGGCGCAGCGGACGCCGUCGGACACUCGGCCGCCCGCCGGCCGCGCCAGCACGCCAUGCCGGCCGAGCAGAGCGCGUUCACGGUUAUAAACGCGGCGCCCGGCGCGCCGCCCGCACUGGGCGCGCCGCCGCGCAGCGUGCUCGUCGUGCGCCCGCAGCCGCGCGCCGCCGCCGCCGCCGCCGCGCGCUCGGCGCUGGACCCCAAGUUCUCGCGCGCGCUGGACCUGAAGCUGCGCCGCCUGAAGGACAAGGAGGCGCUGGAGGCGACGCUGCGGCCGCGCGCGCGCCGCGCCGAGCCCGCCAUGCGACCGCGCUUCGUCACCACGGUGAAGACGGGCCAGUUCCUGCUGCCGCCGCCCGAGGUGGCCAGCCUGCUGGGGCUGCCGGCGCUGCAGCCGGCGCCGCGCGAGCGCGUGGUGUUCCAGUACGCGAGCCGGCCCGAGCCCGUGGUGCCGCGCGCGCGCCGCCCGCCGGGCGAGGCCUUCCGCGGCGUGCGCGCGCUGGCGGCCGGCGUGGCGGGCAUGCGGCGCCUGCUGGAGGAGCGGGACUCGCUCGGCAGCAUGGCGACGGGCGCGACGGGCGCGACGGGCGCGACGGGCUACUCCAACCUCAUGCACGACAAGCGCGUGGUGCGCGGGAGCACGUUCGGCACGCAUCCGCAAGCCGCCGGCGACGGGCCGGAGAGCGGCGCGGCGCGGGCGGCGCGCGCGCGGCGGCGGGCGCUGGCGCGGCGCGCGGCGCUGGCGCGGCUGCGGCCCGGCACGCCGCCGCCGGCGCCCGGCCGCCGCCACCUGCCGGCGCAGACGGAGCGCUACCUGGAGGAGCUGUUCGCCAAGGGCGCGGAGGCGGAGGCGGGCGUGCAGACGGACCCGUUCGCCGACCGGCCCGCCUCGCCCGCGUACGCGCCCGCGCGCACCGGCGCCGACGCCUGCACGCAGAUCUGCGCCGGCGACCUGUUCGACUUCGACGCGGAGGUGGCGCCGCUGCUGGAGGCGCUGGUGGGGCAGACGGCGGAGCGGGCGCUGGCGGAGGUGGCGCAGGAGGAGGAGCUGGGCGCGCUGCGCGAGCAGCGGCGGCGCUACCGCGAGCUGCGCGACGCCGAGCUGGCGGAGCGGCAGCGGAUGGCGGCGCGCGACGAGCGGCUGACGCGCGAGCGCGAGCGGCGCGCGGCCGAGGCGCGGGCGGCGCGCGCGGCGGCCGAGCAGACGGGCGCGCGCGCGGCGGCGCAGGCGCUGGUGCAGGGCUACGUGGCCGAGCUGCUGCCCGCCGUGCUGGCCGGCCUGCGCGACCAGGGCUACCUGCUGCGGCGCCUGCGCACAGGUGUGGAGGAGGAGUUCAUGCCGUGGCUGGUGGAGGAGGUGUCGCACGAGGUCGAGUCCAUCAUCACGAGCAGAGAUGUCCUUACGGAGAUAGUGCGCGACGUGGUGGAGGCGCGCGCCGAGCUGCACGGCGCGGCGGGCGAGCGCGCCCCGCGCCCGUCGCCGCCCGCCUCGCUCACGCCGCCCAGCGCGCCCGAGGACGAAGAACUGGAAGAGUAGCGCGGAGCGAGCGCCGACCAGCGCGGCCCGGCGCCGGCGCGACUGAACGUGGACAUCUAUUCGUUUGUAUUCAUUAUUUAGAAGUGAAAUACAUUUGUUAUUAUUUAAAAACAAAA